UGGUGGGACUACGCGGCAUAUCGCCGGUGGGGAGACUCUUCUCGCGGCUCCGAUCGGUCUCGUUGCAGCGCGGACCGACAUCCGGCUGCGAGCGAUGUCGGAGACGAGCGGGGAUAACGGCAAGUACAAGUGGACGCCCGAGAGCACCGCGCUGCUGGUCUCGGUGUGGUCCGACCGGCAGGUGCAGAAGCAGCUCGAGUAUGCGCCGCGGCCGCAGGUGAUCUGGGAGAGCGUGGCCCGCUACAUGAAGAAGAAGGGCUACAACGUCUCGGGCAAGCAGUGCCGGUCGCGCAUGAAGCAGGUCCUGGUGUGCUACCGCGAGGCCAAGCGGGUGGGCACCCGCGCCGGCGUGGAGCAGUACUACGAGACCAUCGACCGGGUGCUGAAGAACAAGCGGAUAGACAACGUCAACGUCGGCGUGGACACCGUGGACGCAACCGUCAAGUCGCCGCCGAAGGACAUGAAGACCAACAAGAAUCUGCAGAUGAGGCUGAAAGCUCAGGAGCCUGUGCAGUCUCUCUUCCGGACGGAGGCUCUGUCUCCCACGUGGACGAUGGGCUACGAGAAUGAGUAUCCAGAUUCACCCGAGUCGAACGAGACCAUCAUAGCCAAGCCGUACAGAGUCUUCUCUCCUACGCGGGACGUUGCCAUAAACACCGGCGAGCGUUUCAUUCAGAUCGGCAAUCGAGCGGUGCAGACAAAUCCGAUCGUGAUAGAGAAGCCGAUACGGGAGGACUAUCGGCAGAACUUACUGGCUCCUGUUCCGUACGCCGAGAUCCCUUUUCAGAACGCGGUGCAGAACGUGCAGAAUCAGAUCAUUCAGGAGAACAUGCAGCAGUAUCAGAAUACGCAGCAGCAAAGUUACACCGGGUGGAAUCAGUUGCCGCAGCAGGCUGUGCCGGCCAACAAUCGGCUCAACUUUCAGCAGAACGUGCGCAAUUUGAACCAGCAGUACUUGCCGAACGGAACGGCGCAGAACAACGUGAUGCAGAAUCCCGGCGCGGAGAACAUCGGGCGUCAGCAAAAUCAGCUGCACCGUGGUGCGCUGUACGCGGAUAAUCAGGCGAUGCCGCAGGAGCCGCGUAAAGUCACUUACGCGCAAAACCUGACGGCCACGUACCGGCAGUAUCAGGACGUCGCGCCUCGUUUCGCUUGCAUGGCGAAUGGAUCGCUGUCGCCGGACUACUCGCCGGACGUAUCGCAGAACCUGAACGACGCAUUCUGCCUGUCGAAGAACGACGACAAGACGCACAAUUUGAACGAGACGUACAGCCGACCCGUUCACGCGGACAAUCCCGCGGACGCGACGGUCGUGACGAACAACGCGACCUGUAACGACGACAGUCUGCUGCUGGAGUUUCUGCUGGACUCGCCCACUCCGUCGGAGAACGGUGGCAAGUCGCGGAACAGUGCCGUGAAUACGGACGAGGUGCCGAGCGCACCGCUCAGGAAGAAGAAGGCGCAGAAAUUGGAGCAGCUUAUGCUCAACGCGAUUAAUUCUCAAAAUGAAGUCGUUAAUAAGAUCUUGGCUGCGCAGAAUGACAUGGUGUCGCGAUUCCUCGACGUGGACAGAGAUCGGCAGAACCGGCUCGAGAACAGACUGGAUCACUUGCUGAACGUCGUCCACGCUACAGUACUCAACAAGAACGAAACGCCGCCGUCACCGCCAACGCCGCCGCCGAUGCCGGAAACUGCGAUCACCUCCUUGCUGCCGCCACCGAGGCCCGGAAUGAUCCCGCCCAAGUUAGAUCUGGUGCCGCCGAAGCCCUGUCGCGUUCCUUGCACGAUGCCGAAUUCGAACGUGGAGUUAGUCAAUCAGAAUCCCAUUAUCACUCGACCCGGCGUCGUGUCUCCGACCAAUCCAGGGGGUAGGAAGCUCGGCACAAUAUGGUCGAAAUUGGGCCCGGUGUCCACGUCGCCGUUCGUGAAGGCUCAGCAGCGGCUUGGCUUUCAGCCGGUCUUCAACAAUGACGUACGCACGAAAUCGUCGGCGGAAAGGCGCAUCAUCAGGGAGAUCGGCGGGCUGCGCAUGGACAUGCGUAGCUUGAUCUACGAGACUGCGAAGCUGCUGGAGGCGGAGCGCGGCCUCGAGGAGAAGAUAGAAAACGCUCGGCUGGAACUGGACAUGGGUGAGAUGUUAACCGCGCGCAGGAAGCUGUUCACGCAGCGAGAGCCCACUCCCAUCAUGAUACUAACCGCGGCGUUCUUGGACACCGAGUGCGCCGUCUACGAGCAAGACCCGCCUUACCACGGCACCUGGGACUCGCGGAAGAAGGCAUUCAAGUACGCGCGCCGGGACAAUCUCCUGGCCGGACAGGGCGAGAGCUACGAGCGUAUGCGCGAGUUGAACGCGGCGAUACGACACAGUUACCCUGGCUGCGAGCCGUACGACACGUCGACGCCGGCGAAAUUGCCGGCUAAUGUCGCCGAGAAAGAAGCCGAGGUGCCGAAGCAAACUAUUCAACAACUCGCGCGGCUCGUGAUGAACAGCGCGCGAUGGCGACAUUCCGCUCCGCAGCAGCAGAGUUUAGCUCGUCCUGCAGUUCAACCGGUGGAUCAACGCGCCCGGGAUGUCGAGUACAACGUGACUUUCACCGCUCCGAAGGCGAACGCGCCUCCGCCUCCCGAUGAACCGCUAGGAUUCGUUAAGCCGCAGAAACCAGGCAGCCGUAACGAGGCAGCUUUCAACGGUGGACCGUCGGAAAAUAAUCCGCGUGGUCAAUCCAAGUUUCCGAUGGGCUUCACCACUACUAUGUUAAUCGCCAAUGAUCAGAAGAGCGCGACUCUACCGAGGCAGAUGAACGGCGGACCAUCUAAAGCCUUGGGAUUCGUCGACAAUCCGUUGACCGAUCGCAAGAACAAUGUUCGCUUCAUGGACGAAGCAUUAGUUGAGCUGCAGAAAAUGUAUAUCGAGCGUCAGAACGCUGCGAUGUCCGAGGCACUGUUGCCUUUCGUAGUGAGUAACGGUGAUAGUGCGAUAAGCGCGCAGAAUCGCAACCUGAUAGAGCGCUACGUGAACGAUCUGAUGACCAAGAAGUCGACUAGGGACAAGGACACAGACUCGGACAACGACGACGAGUAUCUGGACACUACCACCAGUAUGCAUCCAACUUGCGUGGUGCGCAGAGGCUCAUUGACAUCGAACGGCACAGCAUCGACAGAAACUGCUCAUUCGGUGAAGCUCGGCAAAGCGGCAGCUAAUCAUUGUAGAAUAAGUUAAGCGCGGGGGGAAAAAAGAGAGAAAGAAACUUAUUUUUAUAUACAUAUUUUUCACUUGCGCGAUCAGUCUUCCCGAUAAUUGCUCAAUUGUAUGCGCCAGGUUCCUCGUCACUUGUUACUUUAUGACGCACAUAUUGUUUUUCGAUCAACAUUAUAUUCUGGUAAUCGUAAAACAAGUAAUUGCCUUAGAGUUCGGAAACAUGAAAGCUUGAGUUAGCGAUACGGCUUAAGGUUUAACCCUAUUAAUCCUUAAAUACUAGUGAAUAUAAAGUUACAGGUGAAUAUAACGAUACUACAUCGUUUCCAAGCAGACUUAAUCCUUAAAAAUCUAAGAUUUUUAUAAUACACUUAAGCGAAUCGAUAUUUUUCAGUUGUCCUUGUAAAGAGACAAAAGAUACAUGAAAAUUACUUGAAUCUAAUCCAUUCAAUGCGAGUACAUAAGGAUUAAUGUAGAUCUUAUUAAUAGUUUGUCUCUACAUUGCUAAUGUUGUAUAUCAAUGAAUCCAAUGUAGUGACUAUGUUAUUACUAUAUAGACUUUUGAGGAAUAAUACAUUCCGUAGAAGUAUGUUAUACGCGUACUAAUAAGUUGAAUCGAGCACACAGUGCAAUGGUAUCUAUCGAGGCUUCUUUUGUCGAUUGUUUUCAUUGUUUAGAUCUUAUUAUACAAUGUUUAUCACUUUUGUGUUAUAUAGUCUAUGCAUCUGCUAUGCAUAUAGUAUGCAUAAUUAUGAGCAAAUUCAUCGAUCAAGCAAGCUUCCACGAGUAUCGCGCAAGGUUCAAGAAAGGAAACUUAUAUCUAGAAUUCUUAUGGGAGCAAUCGUAUUUUUAUAACCAUGACUUAAAUUUAAACGUAUGAUUUUGUUAUUCUGCGAUAUAUGUUCAUCGUCUUCGUUUCAAUGUGUCAAACUUGCGACGUGCGAAUUGAAUUUCAUUUAUAAACAAGUGCCUUAUUAUUAAUAAAGAAUAUCAUCUAUACGUAUCAA